AUGUCUGAGCUUCUUCCCAGAAUACCUGAUUCCUGGGAUAAGGACUUGACCUAUCAAGCCCACGGAACCUUGUCUGAAUGCGUGAUUCGAGAAUUAGAGCCGGUCGGGCAAUAUUACCUCGCCCAUGCACGUAGAAAAUUACACAACUAUAGCUUUCUCGUUGAUGAAAGAACUUUGGCAGAGAAUGAAGUUGUUGACGUUGAUGAAGCUGAUUACGAAGAGGAGGAAGAAGAAACACCAGAGUUGUUGAAGAGGGAUCCUAAAGAUUGGAAAGAACAAGAUCAUUAUGCAGUUCUUGGUCUUUCAAAGAGUAGAUGGAGAGCAACAGAAGAUGAUAUUAGGCGAGCGCAUAGGAAAAAAGUUUUAAAGCAUCAUCCAGACAAAAAGGCGUCGAGUGGAAAUACCAAUGAUGAUUCCUUCUUCAAAUGUAUCCAAAAAGCAUACGAAAUUCUAACCGAUCCUAUCAAGAGACGGCAAUACGACUCUAUUGAUCCAUUAAUAGACGACUCUGUACCAAAGACAAAAGGAGACUUCUUCCAAAUAUACGGACCCGUUUUUGAACGUGAGGCAAGAUUUUCGAACAAGACACCGGUUCCAAUGCUUGGUGAUAUGAACUCGACACUUGCAGAGGUAGAGACAUUCUACGACUUUUGGUACAACUUCGAUUCCUGGCGAUCUUUUGAAUAUUUUGAUAAAGAAGACGCGGAUAGCACAGAGAAGUACGUCUUACGGAAAAUGAAUCAUAGCGUUCAGUGA